AAAUUGCGGCAAAACAAAAUGAUUAAUUUUAUAGGCAAAAGUUCGAAUCAUUCCGCAACAAUUGUAUCAAUUGAAUUUUCAAUAAGCACUCGUGUCGCGAGAGAGGAUCAAUAAUGUACAAGUUGUGAUCGAGUAUAGUUGCACUGAUCAAUAGAAUCUUGGAUUGUCGUUUAGGUUUCUAUAAUUAAAUUUCAGAUCUAUACCUUGGCCUGUAGUAGGUACCAUCACGUAUGGUACCGCACAAUUCAGUUUGUAGCAGGCCAGCUUUGUACCGGAUGGUAUAGCCAAAGAGUGAACGGUGCAUGAUUGAUUGUGAAAUAGUGUUUAGGUUAAAUUUUAUUCCUGUGAAAUUUUUAUCAAGUUUGUCAAUUUAUUAUUAUAAUAAUCAUGGACGAAGGAAUGAACAAUAGAAGAAGGCAAGGAAAAUCUGUUACACGACAGAUUAUUCUGGCAUUCAUGGCCAAUUUUUCGAACAUAGCACCAGGAAUGAGCAUAGGAUUUUCAGCAGUAGCUUUACCAGUCCUGAAAAAUCUAGAUAGUCAACAAACAUCUUGGUUUGCAAGUAUAGCAUCCUUGGCGACCCCUCUGGGUUGUCUAGUUUGUGGACCAAUAGCCGAUAGAUAUGGUAGAAGAUGUUCCAUAGCAGUGGUCAAUAUAACAGCUUUUCUUGGUUGGGUUAUCGUUGGUUCAGCAUUCUAUUUACAGCAACACCAAUACGAAGUUCUUUUGGUAGGAAGGUUCCUUACAGGACUAGCAACAGGAUUGUGCGGUACGCCAGCUGCCAUUUACAUGGCUGAAGUAGCCAGUUCGGAUCUCAGGAGCGUCUUUACUACUUGGGUUUCAUUGUUUUAUGCCAUUGGUAUAUUUUUGGUUUAUCUGUUGGGUCUUAUUUUGAAGGAUGAUUGGGGUACAAUAGCUCUAUUUGCAGCAGUAUGCCCCGUCAUAGGCAUUUUCUUCCUCAAAGCGUUCAUCCCGGAAUCACCUUCUUGGCUUGUAAGCAAGCAACGCAUAGAAGACGCCAAAAGGAGCGUGUGCAGACUUCACGGUACCAAAAACUUUACCGACGAAGUACUUUCGGAAGUUCAAGGGCUCAUCAACAACGGAGGUGGCGCAAAAAAAGAGAAACUGUAUCAAAAAACCAUUCCGCAACAGGUUAUGAAAAAGAUGAAAAUGCUGAUGAAAGGGAGUUUUUUGAAACCUUAUGCUUUGGUGCUUACGUUUUUCUUUUUCCAGCAAUUCACUGGGAUUUUUGCUAUAAUGUUUUACGCAAUCGAUAUAGUAAAAGGAGCAAAAAUUGAACUAGAUUCAUACGUUACUAUUGUCAUUAUAGCUUUGGUGCGCCUAAUUGCAAUGGUAUUGUUAAGUUUCUUUAGUAAAUAUUUCGGAAGAAGACCUCUGAGUUUAAUAUCUGGCUCAGGUAUUGCUGUUUCUAUGCUAGCUCUCGGUAGCUACAUUCUAGCCACCAAACAAGGCCUCAUAACCCCGGAACAAGAACAAUCUUUAUCCUUUGUUCCAUUAAUUUUGAUAAUGUUCUACUUCUUCAUUAGUACACUAGGGUUCUAUCCAAUCCCUUUUGCCCUGGCAUCAGAAAUAUAUCCUAGAAACAUCAGAGGCACCGCUUCGGGAAUCAGCGCAGGCUCCAAUUUUUUGCUGAAUUUUGUUAUUGUAAAACUAUAUCCGACAAUGGUGGAAAAUAUAGGUGCCCAUGGGGUAUUCUUCUUUUAUGGAAGCGUCGGUUUAGCAGGCACCUUUUUUGUUUUGUUCUGUUUGCCUGAAACAAGAGGUAAAUCUUUGGAAGAGAUACAAGCAAUGUUUGUAGGAAGAAAAGAGGCAAAAACUAUUCAGGAUAAAGAACAAGGCGUAUAUUGAGUUGCUGUUCAUGUGCUUAUUACCAAUUAAGACAUUUUUUACCUGUGAUUAAAGUGAUUUUAGUUUGUAUGAUGUUAAGUAAAACUAAUUACUAAUACUUAAUUUAUUAUAUAGGUAAUGUUCUAGAUAUUUUUUUAUAAUAGUAGUUUUUGUAUGUUUACAAUCCUAAAUAUUUUUUAGUUAACUUAUCGACUUUUGAGACUGUUCAAGAAAUAUAGGUACCUAUCUAAAAUUUUGUUAUUAUUGAUAGAAAAUGAAAAUUAAAUAAAUUCUAGUGAAAAGA